UCUGAGAGACCCCACUGCUGGGAACUUCCAUAUACAGUUCCCUGUUCAUGGACACAGCCACUUCUCCAGAUGCCUCCUCUUGGCAUGCAGUGGCCCACCUACUCUGGAACUGCUGCUUUGCUAAAGAAGAACCCGAAGGAAGACUGGUCAUCUCUUGCAAAUCUCAAAACCAUGGCUCAGGAAUCAGUGUCAUUCAAAGAUGUGACUGUGGACUUUAGUCAGGAAGAAUGGCAGCACCUGGAUCCUGCUCAGAAGACGCUAUACAUGGAUGUGAUGUUGGAAAACUAUUGCCACCUCAUUUCUGUGGGGUGUCACAUGACCAAGCCUGAUGUGAUCCUCAAGUUGGAACGAGGAGAAGAGCCAUGGACAUCGUUUACAGGUCAUACCUGCUUAGAAGAAAACUGGAAAGCCGAAAACUUUUUGAUGAAAUUCAAGGAACAACAAGAUAAGUUUUCUAGAUCAGUUGUAUUAAUCAACCACAAAAAACUGAUUAAGGAGAACAGUACUGCAUAUGAAAAGACUUUUACUUUAAACAAAAACACUAUUAAUUCAAAAAAUCUACCUCCUGAAUAUGACAUUCAUGGAAAGAUUUUUAAAAAUGUUUCAGAAUUAAUUAUCAGUAAUCUAAGUCCUACAAGAAAGAAACUUAGUGAGCAUAAUGGAUGUGGGAAAUCACUCGUCGAUACUAAGCCAGAGACAGCUCACUCUGGUGUCAGAUCCCAUAAUCAACGUGGCAGAACUGUCAGUCAUAAUGAAAUGAUUAUGCAAUAUCAUGAGAUGGAAACUGCAGCACAGUCAUUUGGAUAUAAUGACUGUGAGAAAUCCUUCCUUAAAAAAGGAGGCCUAAUUACACAUAAUAGAGCUUACAGAAGGGAAAACCCACCUGAAUAUAAUAAAAGGAGAAAAGCAACCAAUAUUGAAAAAAAGCAUACAUGCACUGAAUGUGGGAAGUCCUUCUGCAGGAAAUCAGUAUUGAUUCUGCAUCAGGGAAUACACACAGAGGAAAAACCGUAUCAAUGUCAUCAAUGUGGAAAUUCAUUUAGAAGGAAAUCAUAUCUCAUUGAUCAUCAGAGAACUCAUACAGGAGAGAAACCCUUUGUUUGUAAUGAAUGUGGUAAGUCCUUCCGCCUAAAGACAGCCCUCACUGAUCAUCAGAGAACCCAUACAGGGGAGAAAUCAUAUGAAUGUCCACAAUGUAGGAAUGCCUUCAGAUUGAAGUCACACCUCAUUCGUCAUCAGAGAACUCACACUGGAGAGAAACCAUAUGAGUGUAAUGACUGUGGGAAGUCUUUCCGCCAAAAGACAACACUCUCCCUACAUCAGAGAAUUCAUACAGGAGAGAAACCCUAUAUUUGUAAAGAAUGUGGGAAGUCCUUUCACCAGAAGGCAAAUCUUACUGUACAUCAGAGAACUCAUACAGGGGAAAAGCCCUAUAUUUGUAAUGAAUGUGGGAAAUCCUUCUCCCAGAAGACAACCCUCGCUCUUCAUGAGAAGACUCAUAAUGAAGAGAAACCUUAUAUUUGUAAUGAAUGUGGAAAAUCCUUCCGCCAGAAGACAACCCUCGUGGCACAUCAGAGAACACAUACAGGGGAAAAAUCCUAUGAAUGUCCUCACUGUGGGAAGGCCUUUAGAAUGAAGUCAUACCUCAUUGAUCAUCACAGAACUCAUACAGGAGAGAAACCAUAUGAAUGUAACGAAUGUGGGAAAUCCUUCAGUCAGAAGACAAAUCUCAAUCUACAUCAGAGAAUUCAUACAGGAGAGAAACCCUAUAUUUGUAACGAGUGUGGGAAGUCUUUUCGCCAGAAAGCAACCCUCACUGUACAUCAGAAAAUACAUACAGGACAGAAAUCCUAUGAAUGCCCUCAGUGUGGGAAAGCCUUUAGCAGGAAAUCAUAUCUCAUUCAUCAUCAAAGAACUCAUACAGGAGAGAAACCAUACAAGUGUAAUGAAUGUGGAAAGUGCUUCCGCCAGAAGACAAAUCUCAUUGUACAUCAGAGAACUCACACGGGGGAGAAACCUUAUAUUUGUAAUGAGUGUGAAGCAAGAUACAAAGUGGUUUUAAGCAUCAGUCUCCACAAGAGGAAGAAAAUAUGAAGUAUAUUUCUCACUGCACUCUGCGGAAUAAAGGAAAUAUGGGUCUCUGAAAAUCACAAAUGAAAAAUCACUGGAAAUUUUGAUGUGUGAGAAUUGGAAAUCUACCAAAUAAUACCACCUAUAGCAUCUUUUCUGUGAAAAUAGUAAGCUCAGCAGCAAUUGAACAGUGUUACUAAAGGCCCUUCUUGAGGAGGAUUAUUCAUAACCAAUAUUUAUUACAUACAUGAAGUUGUGUGUAAUAAAAUUAAGUAGAAAUUUAAAUAAGCUGUUUUCCCUCUACUUCAGUAGAACUGUAAACUGUAUCUAAGUAAGCAGGAAAAUGGUUGAUGAUUCAAGUACCUGACAUUUAAAAUGUACAACAGGCCCUCUGGCCUAUAGAAAGGGGCACCAACUGCCAGUGGAUUGUAAAUGGAAACAUGCUUGUCAGUCCUGGUCUUGCAGAUAGUUUCAGAGCAAAAAAAAGAACAGUGGGUGAUGAAGAAAAUCAGACAUAAUAAAAAUUUAGACUUGAAAGGGACAUAAGAUAAAACAUAAAAUGCCUUGUCUGACUGGACAGAACUUUGUGAAAUGUAGCCUUAACUAAUAGUGAUUAUUUAUGUUUAGAGAAUUUUUUUCUUAGUGUGUAGGCAGGAUGAACAUAUUAGAAUAAAAUAGCUACAACGAGUAACUAAGAUUACAGAAUCUAUAUUCAGAAUUGCGAGAACCUAGAAAUUAUUUCAUUUGAAUAAACCUGUAUUUAUAGGUAAGUAAAUAUUAAUAUGUGCUAACAAUGAUGACUAACAAAAGAACUGCACUCACAACCAAGGAUGCAAGCCUACUUUUUUUUUUCCUGAGUAUGUAGUGAGUUGGGAGGCAGUCUGAAUCUUUCUAGCCUCAACCCAUCAAAGAUGUUAGGAACGUGUGAAUCAUGUUUUCUCGGAUAGUCUGCUCCCUUGUUUCUGCUCUCCUAGGCAUUUCCAUGGUGGUCUCAAAAAUAUAAAUUAUCUGGCAUCCCUGCAUGUGCUGUCCUGCCUCCUGAUUGAUUAUAUCAUGAUGUACAAUAAGAUUGAUGUUGUUUUCAUGCCUGCUAACACAACAUCCAUCCUGCAGAUCAAGGAGUAAUUUCAAAUUUUAAGUCUUAUUAUUUCAGAAAUACAUUUCGUAAGGCUAUAGCUGCCAUAGAUGAUGAUUCCUCAGAUGAAUCUGAGCAAACUCAGUUGAAAAUCUUCUGGAAAGAAUUCACCAUUCUAGAUGUCAUUAAGAACAUUUGUGAUUCAUGGAAAGAAGUCAGAAUAUCUACAUGUUGAAAGAAGUUGAUUCCAGUCCCUUGAAGCAGGUUCAAGACUUCAGUGUAGGAAGUAACUGCAGAUGUGGUGGAAAUAGCAAGAGAACUAGAAUUAGAAGUGGAACCUGAAGAUGUGGCUUAAUUGCUGCAAUCUCAUGAUAAAUCUUUCAUGGGCAGAUGAGCAGAGAAAGUGGUUUCUUAAGACAGAAUAUACUUCUGAUGAAGAUGCUGUGAAGAUUGUUGAAGUGAUAACAAAGGAUUUAGACUAUUACAUAAACUUAGUUGAAUGGCAGGGUUUGAGGGGACUGACUCCAGUUUUGAAAAUUCUGUGGGCAUAAAGCCAUCAAACAGCAUUGCAUGCUACAGAGAAGUUGUUCAGAAAGGAAGAGUCAAUCAAUGUGGCAGACUUCACUGUUGUGGUAUCUUGAGAAAUUUCCACAACUACCUCAGCCUUCAGCAACCACCACCCUGAUCAGUCAGCAGCCAUCAACAUGACGGCAAAACCCUCCACUAGCAAAAAGAUUUUUGACUCACUGAAGGCUCAGAUGAUGGUUAGUAUUUUUUAGCAAUAAAUUAUUUUAAAGUUAAGGUAUGUACAUUUUUUUAGACGUAAUGCUGUUGCAUACUUACUAUAGACUACAGUAUAGUAUAAACAACUUUAUACUAUAAACAUGACAUACUGGAAAACCACAAAAUUCGUGUGACUUGCUUUAUUGUGAUAUUUACUUUACUGUGGUGUUCUGGAACCAAACCCACAAUAUCUCUGAGGUAUGCAUGUAUAUUAAAGCCACUUUAUGCUGGACAGCAUGUAGUUGGUGUUUUUAAAAGUCCAGUUUUACAGUGUCUUAAUACUGGUUUUAAACCAUUUACAUUUAAUAUAUAUAUACUGAAAUCGCUGGGCUUUAGCUCUAACUUUUUUUUUCCAGUGUCUCCCCUCUGUUUUUAAUUCCUCUGUUUCCCUUUCUUACUUUCUUUUUCAUUUAAAUAUAUUUUAGUAUUCUGUUUUAAUGUAUCUAUUUAGCUUUUUACUGUUUGUUUAUUUUCUUUAGUGGUUCCUCUGGGUAUUAUAAUUCAUGUAAUGUAUAUAAUUCACAAUGUAUUUUGAGUUCACAUUUUAGCACUGCAUGGUGAAUAUAGAAAUCUUACCACCAUAUAUGUCCCUUUAGCCUCUCCUCUGUAUAUUAUGAUUAUCAUAUUACAUCUUCAUACAUUGCAAACCUCAUCAGACAAUGUUAUACUCCUUGCUUUUUAUCACAGUAAGUAUUUAAAUUACAAAAAGAAAAAAAUAAUUUUAUUAUUUACUCAGCAGUUUGCCAUUUCUGUUGCUCUUUACUUAUGUCUGAAGUUUCUGGUUUUCUUUUGGUAUCAUUUCCUUUCCAUCUAAAGAGAUUCAUUUAGCAUUUCUUCUAGAGCAAGCCUGCAGGUAGAAAAUCCUCUUGAUUUUCCUUUACCUAAGAAUAUCUUUUAUUUAUCCUUCAUUCCUGAUAAUUAUUUUCACUGGAUAAAGUUUGGGCUUAACGUAUCUUUCCUUAAAGCACUUAAAAAAUGUUGUUCCACUACCCUUGUGGCCUUCAUACUUUCUGAUGGGAAUUCUGUUUUGCAGCACAUUGUUCUGUUGUAUGUAAUGCACCAAUAUUCUCUGGAAGCUUUCAAGAUUUUUUUUCUUUGAUUUUCAGCAGUUUAGUUACGAUAUGUCUCAGCAAAGGUUUAUCCUUUGUGUGGUGUGCUGUAUUUCUUCAACCUAAGUUUAAGGUCUUUUGCCAAACUUGGUAGGCUUUCAGUGAUUAAUUCUUUAAAUAUUUUUUUCCUUCAUGGCUCUUUCUUUUUUCUUUUCAUGAUUCCAGGGACACAAAUGUUAAACCUUUUGGUAUUGUCCCUCAGGUCCUAGGGGCUCUAAUGUUUUGUUUUGUUCUGAAUCUUCUCUCUCUAUUGGAUAAUUUUUAUUGAUCUAAGUUCAGGUUCACUAAAUCUUUCCUCUCUUUCUCCAUUUUGUUGCUGAGCCCAUCAAGUAAGUUUUAAUUUUCAUUAUUAUGUUUUUCAAUUCUAAAAUUUCCUUUUAUACAUCUGAAGAUUAUACAAUAAAAUUUUUUAAUUAAAAUGUUUAAUUUCCUUUUGUUUCUUUUUUUAUAGCUUCUAUUUCUCUGCUUACAUAUUCUCUCAAGAGUUCACCUUUAAUUCUUAGAACAUGGUUCUAAUAGCUAUUUCAAAGUCUUUGAUAAUUCUAAUAUGGAUCAUCUCAGUAUUGGUGUCUUUCUUUUCCAUUGUGGGUUUUAAAAUUGUCCUAUUUCUUUCUAUUUUUUUUAAGAACUUUUAUUGAGAUA